CGGUACAGUCAGUUUCAGUAAACGCAUGCGGGAAUCUGUUUUCCAGAAUAAAUACAGAGAGGACGGCAGGAGGAGCGUCUCCAGCUGCCUGUAUUCUCAGCUGCCCGAGACUCCAGAGACACAGUUUGUCCGAACAGUGACCGAACUGCAGAGCGACAGUAAAUAUAAAGAGGCAGGAAGGAAGCAGGCGUCAGGCGCUCUGUAUUCGCUGCUGCCGGAGACUCUGGAGACUCAACACGCCAAAGACGCCACGGACCUCCUGAGUCAGACGAAAUACAAGGAGGAGGCGAAGAAAGAGGCUUCUGCCAGUCUGUACGCUCUUCUGCCAGAGACGACUGAGACUCAGCACGCCAAAAACAUCUCUGAACUCCUGAGCGAGAAUAAGUACAAGCGGAGCGGUAUUCAGGAGAACAGCAGCAGUAUUUACUCUCAGAUGCCGCAAACACAGGAAACACAGUUUGCCAAACAGAUGGCGGAGCUUCAGAGUGAUGUACGUGUGUGUGUGACUCUGUGUGUUUGUGAUUGAUGUGUGUGCAUAGGCGCGGGAAGUGGGGGUGCUGAGGGUGCUGCAGCACCCCCUG